AUUGUUAGCGGUUCCGAUUUCUAAAAAAUAUUGAGAUCAUUAAAACCAAUGGGUUUACAGCUUUCAAAAGGGUGUGACUUGGAUAUGUUCAUUUUUAUGUAAUAAUCUAACUGUUAGAUAUAUAUAAGCUCUAACGCAUAACAUAGUCAAACGCAAAAGCUUAUGAAAUACAUGUACAUAAAGGUAUCCUAAUAGUAUGACGUGUAUGACAAAGCGUUGCAUAAUACAACUAUAUUCCUUUUUACAUGCAUGCAAUUUUACAUAAGUGCAUGCUUAAUUUUCUGACUGUAUACAAUACGUGCAAGACAAUUUUUUGAAUAGUUAAAAAUGAACCGCAUGUAGCACAGAUAUAUGAGUACUCAGGAAGUUUUUUUUUAGAGAUAAAAUUAAAAUACAUAUACUUUACUCAAUAAGACGAACUUUUUCACGAUUUGACCAUGUCUUUGCAGUAGAAGUGCAAUCAUAACUGAAAGAUAUAAUGAUUAUUUAAUAAUUGUUAGACAUCUAUCAACAUCAAUACUAAUCAUGCCAGUACAGAAUGAGUUUGUUAAUAGUUUUCGUAAAUACAAAUCUUUUACAUUGACAUGCAGAAUUAAAUGAAACUCUAGCCGUCUUGUAGGUACAUGUCAAUCACACUUCGAUAUUUACAUGUGAAUGAUGUAUCUUGCAUAAAAAUGUGAGAAUUUUGCAUGCAACUAUUGACAAGGAUAAGAGUCAUGUAGGGUCUCACAUCUUCUUCCCUCAAAUAGUUAGAAGAUUGUAUGUUCCUGCAUAUGUUAUUGUCUUAUAAUUAUGUUCAAAAAUUAUAGAUAUUUCAAAUAGUUGACAUAUUCAUGCAUGAAAUAUCAUGAAUUGAAAAAUAUUUUGUAAGUAAAUGAGAGUUUCUGAAAAUUUCUUGUAAAUAAACGGAUUUUUUAAUCUUUGGCGUUUGAAUGAGAACACUAUGCGUUUAAGCAUCGAAAUAACUACAUUAGAUAGAAGAUACUUUUAACAAACUGUAUGAAAAAUUUAAACCACUAAAGGCAGCUAUAAGUUUUUGACUUGAUGACGAAAUAUGUCUAUGAUUGUACAAGAAGAGUUUCUAUACAAAUCUAUACGUAUCUCGUUAUGAAAUCAAAAGUUUAUACAAAACCUAUGGUUACCGUUGUAUUAUAUGUACAUAGCCCAUUUGUUGUCAUCACUUGUUAAUGGAUUUUUCGUAGCAAAUUUCUUUUCAUACUGAAACAAAACUAUAUUUAUCUAGCCACUCUUACGAGGGCACAUUCUAAUACAUGUCAAUCGAACUGUUCGAAAAUUGGUCGCUGAACGCGAUUCUUCUGUUUCAUUUUUUUUUGCAACUGAGCACAUGAAUAUAUCUAAACUUUUAAAAAAUGUUAGUUUUCAGUCAAAAUGACAUCUCCUUAUUAUCGUGAGCGUGAUCAAAUCAUCACUAUCAGCUAAAUCAAUUCUUGUCUUUUAGUUUUCGAGUUUGAUUAUUUAUUAUGGUUAAGUUUUUUUAGUCCAAAAAAUGAUCCCAUCGAGAACCAGAAAUCUAUUUCUGUAUUCUUCAAUACAAAAAAAAAACUAACUGUGAGCUAUUUUAAUUACAGAUGAUGCUGGAAUGGAUAUUUGGGGUGGUGAAAAUUUAGAACUAUCUUUUCGCAUAUGGAUGUGUGGUGGCACUCUGGUGAUUUCUCCUUGUUCUCAUGUUGGUCAUAUAUUUCGAAAACGAUCUCCAUAUAAAUGGUCAGAUGAGGUAAAUGUUGUUCGCAAAAAUUCUGUUCGACUUGCUGAAGUUUGGCUUGAUGAAUACAAAAAAUAUUAUUAUCAAAGAAUAAAUAAUAAUUUGGGUAAUUACGGUGAUAUUACAUCACGUAAAUUACUUCGAGAAAAACUACAAUGUAAAUCAUUUAAAUGGUAUGUAACUGAGAUCUAUCCAGAGUUAUCUCUUCCAGAAGAUACAAAAACU